UUCACUCGUUGGUUCAGUUUACGUAUUCUAUACUACUACGAAAUGAUUCAUCUCUAUCAAAAAUAUAUAGUACUAAUGAUUAUAGACAGCGAAAUCAAUUCGAAAACAAUUUUAUUAAAAAUAUUACGACUAUUUGGCCCAACAUUCGUGCAUUCACAGAUUCAUGAAACUCUUCUGCCUAUUGUUUAAAAUUAAUUCGCUUGUGUCUGGCGACAGAAAUGUUUUCGUAGUAGCUUGACCGUAGUACAAUGGUGUAAGUUGGGAUAACACUUACACGGCGUUGACGUAUAGUUUCACAUUGCAUCGUUUGUAGUUGAAAAGUCACCAGUAUUCUACGCGCUGUGCUUCCUACAAUUUCGACGGCGCGCCGACGUGUUCCUCGCGCGCGUUCCGAUCAUCGUAAAACUACUUUCUUUUCUAUUUAAUGAAACAAUAGUUCGGUCAAGGUACAAUUACGUGUUUCGUAAAGAAACACGAACAAUACUCCGUGAAAUAUUCGUGGACAGUACGAAAGUUUACUACGGUGCAUAAAGUUCGAAAAACAAUCGACUAACAAUUAAUAUUAAACCAGUGUACAAAAUUGAUAUUUUACGAGCGUGGUGUAACCGUGGUUGUGACCGAUAACGAAACUAGUAAUAACUGUUUGCACCUUCGUGGAAUCCAAGCCUGAGAAGCCUGAAUGGCAGGAAUAUUCUACGGAGGAUUCCUCAAUGUCUGGACUCGUCGGUUCUUUACGAAACCUGGAGGAGACUUCCGGGAACGCAGCGCAACCUUAUCGAAAGAACAGCCUCGCCAUUGCUUUGCACUCGAAUCUGACCGGUUUCACGGCCGCUAACAAUCAAGAGAUCUCCACUUUUCACGUGGUCGACUCGGCGCGAAGACGACUGAGCAAUGUCAGCGACGUGGUAUCUAGGAAGAUCUCUCACACGAUACGCUGGAGGACCGUUUCCGCUUCGAUUGAGCUCACCGUGUCACAGGGCUCCUCACUGUGCGCCCAGUAUAUUCGAAAUCGUUUGAAACGAUCCGGAAUCUUUCAACGAAAGCUUGGCCUGAAGAGGAUGAGGAGCGCCAUGUUGCUUCCGGGCGGUGGCGUAGUCGGUGAAGUUUAUCCAGAGUUGACGUCGGUCGGGGCCGAGCUGGAAAAAAUGCAUCCGAAAUUAUUCAAUCGUGUCGCCCGGCAGAUCGGUUGCAGCAACUUCUCGUCGGAACAAUCCACCAGCGAGGCCAUAGUCGACGUCUCCAGAGAGAUGAUCAGAAACGGAGAGAUGACAUGGAGCAAGGUGAUAGCCCUUUACGCGGUCGCAGGUGGCAUUGCAGUGGACUGCGUGCGUCAGGGCAAACCUGAAUACCUGCUCGCCGUACAAAGAGGUAUGACCGAUGUUUUAGAAGAGGAUCUUGCUGUGUGGAUACAAGCGAACGGUGGAUGGUCCUCUUUGGCAACGCGGUACAGGCCUGUAACAGAAGAGUCACCAUGGUACACCCAUAAGUUUGUACUACUAUUUAUAUUUACCAUGUUCAUCGUUGGUACGAUCUCGAUAUUUUUGAAGAUUCUAGUUUUAUAACGCGAGCGAAAUGUAGUUUGGUAAAAAAAAGAAUUUAUUUAUUGUACGACCUUUUAUUCGAAAGAUCCUUAUGAAACCUUUUUCGUAUUACAUGAUACCAGGCCUGUAAAAUAUAUGCGAUUCACGGUGCUA